AUGUUAUCACGCCGCCUGCUAAUACUGCAACAAGUCGUUCUUCUUCUACAACCAGAGUUGGCCGUUGGCAAUAUCCUUCACGGUCUACAAGAAAGAGCGGAUGGAUUCUCAGAUUUGGGGACGCAGCUUCUCAACGGCGCCAUAGAGCUUGGACAGCAGAUUGGUCUGGUUCCGCCCGGAGCGGGCCAGGCACGACAAUCACAAGCACCGGCAACCGUAGCGGCACCAGCAUCACUACUGUCUCCUGUGGAAAUACCGUCAUCGACACCGGAGCUGUCACUAUCACCAGCACCAGCAUUGGCACCAGCGGUGGUGACACCGGCAGUAGUGACACCUUUUGCAGAUUUAGCGCCACUGAUAUCACCUUUUUCGACACCAUCUGUCCCAGCAGCCAUUGUGCCGCCUGUACCCUCGGUCGCCUUUGCGGAUUUUGAAUCUCGACUUGCUUCCUUUGGUCAGAGUCUAGGACUACUUCCUCAAGGGGCCACAGGCCUUCAGAAUUCACCACUGGCACAAAGCACACCCUCUCUACCUCUUGCACUAGCACCACAGAUGCCAUCUACGACUGGGCAGGUCGCGUCCCAACCUACUCCGGCUGUUCCCACUCCGACCAGCCUGCCGCUGCCGUCAACCACGCCAUCGUCACCCCUGUCUUCGGCUACGGCGACUACUCCUAAGCUCUCGUCGACUGCCGCGAGGUCCUCAUUAACUGCAUCAGCCUUCCCGUCUUCUAUAUCACCAGCACCGGCGGCUUUCACCAUCCCCCCGGCCGCGGAACCAAAACCCCAAACAACAUCCGCGGCUUCAGUUAUCCCUUUUGUUCCUAUAGCUCCGACUCCUCUACCGCAGCAAACGCAGCCAGCACAGCAGACCAACAUGUCCCAACCAGGAGUCAGCGCAAACUCGACAUUGCCGAGCGAGCAGCAGGGCCAGGGGUUGGAAGGAAGCAAGGCGGUGGCCCGCAUAACGGACUACACCCAGGGAUCGUUCCUGGGUGAGGUGCCGACUCGGGACGUCGACCUGCCGGUGACAAUCAUCUUCCUGAUACUGUUCAUCGCGGGCGCCGUGACGCACAUGUCCAUCUAUCAGAGCAACUCGAGGAGGGGUCACAAGUUUCUCUUGUCGGACAUCAUGUUUGACUUUUGCGUGAUGCGCUCCUUGGCCUGCGUGUUUCGGAUCGCGUGGAUAUUUCAGCCGGUCAAGGGUGUUAUCAUGAUGGCUAUCAUUCUUCAAACUGGAGGUGCCGCCGUUGCAGCCCUGCUCAACAUCUUCUUCGCCCAACGGCUCCUCCGAUCCAUGCACCCCAAGGUAGGUUGGCACCCGGCGGUUGGACCGAUUACAACUUUCCUGGCAUUCUCCGUGCCGGGGGCCAUCAUAUGGCAGAUCGUCCACAUGUUUGUUCUCUUCUUCUCCUCGGUCGAUGAUACGAACCGCGCCAACAUCAUCUUCAAGGACCUCGAGGCCGGCUCCGCCUUUGUGCUCUUCCUGGUGACCUUUCCCAUCCUCGUCACGUCCGUGGUCACCGGCUGGCCCGGCCCGCGGCCCGAGCCCUUUGGGAUCGGCGACUGGCGCGUCAAGAAGAGCGUCAUCAUCGCCAGCGGCUCCCUGCUCACCGUCGGCGCCGCCAUCCGCCUCUCCGCCCUGGUCACCCCCGAGGCCCCGGGCGAGCGCAACCCCGUCUUCAGCCGCGCCAGCUUCUACACCACGCAGUUCAUGCUCGAGAUCUUCGUCGUGGCGCUGUACGCCGCCGCCCGCGUCGACCUGCUCUUCUUCAUCCCCAACGGCAGCUCCAAGCCGGGCGACUACUCUGGCCGCAACCAGGCCGCCGCCGCUGCCGACGGGGAGAAGAAGAAGAAGAAGAGAGGCCCGCUCGUGCUCCGCGACGACGUCGAGGCCGCCCUGGACCGCCUGGACGCCCCCUACGAGAUCCUGCGCAACCCGCCGCCGCUCGAGACGCGCGGCCUCCCGCCCGGCAGAGACGUCGUCUGGGCGCUCGUGUCGGUCGACAAGCCCGAGGGCGCAGGCAAGCGGGUCAGCACCAUCGCCGGCGCGCGGGGCGGCGGCAACGUCGACGAUCCGUCGUUCAAGUCGCCGCGGGUGGUGCGGGUGUUUGCCGACGGGGACUCGACCGCCGACAGCGACGACUACUACUCGCCCACGCAGGCCGGGGUGCAUCCGGCGUGGGUGCAGUUGCCCAGGCAACAACAACACGCAGCAGCAACAGCCGACGGCGGCGGCGCAGGGGUGCGCGAGACCUUCCCCGACGAGCUGCCGCAGCGGCCGACGCGGGUGUCGCGGCGCGCGUCGGUGCUCGAGGCCAUCAGGCCGCGCAUCAUGCGGGCGCGUCAAGAGGAGCAGCAGCGUGCUGCCACGGCGGCCAUGGCUACGGCCGCCGCCGGCGAUGCUGGCAUUCCCGUCCCGCCGUCGCCCGCGUGGUCGUCGUCGCCGGCCCGGCCGAGCUACGUGUCGUUUGGAGAGGAAGAGGACGAGUUUUACAGGCGUGCCGUCAUCCGGGAGACCAUCCCAGUGUACUUUCCAGAAAGGGAAAGGAAUUCUGAGUCCUUCAUGUCAAAAGACUAG